UUGAAGAAUGUUUCCACAGCAAGAAAUCAGAGAACCGAAAACCUCGACGCUGCUUACUCCUCUUUCUUCUCCAUCUUCAACAACUCACACUACCACUACCACGAACCAGAUGAUUCCAUCACUGCCAAGAAGAACAACAAAAGAUCCAAUCUUGUUACCCAUUUGAACCUUUUCGAUCCAUACGAAAAUGGGGUUUCACGGUAGAACAAGGACAAGGAGAAACACAAGGCUUCGGAGUUAGCGACAAUGACGACCACCAAUGGGGAUGAGAAUGAGAAUAGUUUGGAACUGGUAGAGCCUAAAGGUUCCAGAGAGGAUAAAGAAAAGAACAAGAGGAAGAAAAAAGCUAAAUCUAUAGAGUCUCUAGUGAUGGAAAAGAAGGUGGAGGAUCACAAUGCGGUUUCGCAAUUUAAGAUAUCGGAGCCAUUGAGAGAAAAGUUAAAGGAAAAGGGAAUUGAGUCGUUGUUUCCUAUUCAGGCAAUGACUUUUGAUACAAUUCUUCAUGGUUUUGAUUUGGUUGGUAGAGCUCGCACUGGUCAGGGUAAAACUCUUGCCUUUGUAUUGCCAAUAAUAGAAUCUAUAACAAACGGUCCUGCAAAAGCAUCAAGAAAGACUGGCGAUGGGAGGCCACCGAGUGUUCUUGUGCUUUUACCUACUAGGGAAUUGGCCUGUCAGGUGAAUGCUGAUUUUGAAGUUUAUGGCGCGGCAAUGGGAUUGACUUCUUGUUGUUUAUAUGGAGGAGCUUCUUAUCAAGCUCAAGAGAUUAAGCUUAAGAAAGGAGUCGAUAUUGUCAUUGGUACACCGGGCCGCGUAAAGGAUCAUAUAGAGCGGGGGAAGAUUGACCUGAGCCAGCUAAAGUUUCGUGUCCUCGAUGAAGCAGAUGAGAUGCUGAGGAUGGGUUUUUUUGAAGAUGUUGAACUGAUCCUUGGUAAGGUUAAAAAUGUAGGUAAAGUUCAGACGCUUCUUUUCAGCGCGACUUUGCCAGACUGGGUUAAGCAUAUUGCUAAAAAAUUUCUUAAGCCAGAUAAGGAAACUGCAGAUCUUGUUGGCGAUACGAAAAUGAAGGCCAGUACCAGUGUUAGGCAUAUUAUUCUUCCUUGUACUGGCUCUGCCAGGUCCCAGCUUAUCCCAGACAUUAUUCUCUUUUACAGCAGUGGAGGUCGAACAAUUAUAUUCACGGAGACAAAGGAGUCGGCUUCUCAGCUCGCAGAGUUGUUGCCUGGAGCAAAAGCACUCCACGGCGACAUACAGCAAGCACAGCGUGAGGUUACUUUGUCUGGCUUUAGGUCUGGGAAAUUCAUGACAUUAGUUGCGACUAACGUGGCUGCGCGGGGUUUGGAUAUUAAUGAUGUUCAGUUAAUUAUUCAGUGUGAACCUCCAAGGGAUGUUGAAGCCUAUAUCCAUCGUUCCGGGCGCACGGGAAGAGCAGGUAACACUGGAGUUUCUGUAAUGCUAUAUGAUCCAAGGAGGUCGAAUAUAUCUAAAAUAGAGAGAGAGUCGGGUGUUAAAUUCGAACAUGUAUCUGCCCCUCAGGCUAAUGAUAUUGCCAAAGCUAUUGGUGCAGAAGCUGCAGAAAUGAUAACUCAAGUGUCUGAUAGUGUGAUUCCUGCGUUCAAGUCUGCUGCCGAGGAUCUUUUAAAUAACUCUGGUUUAUCCGUCGUUGAUUUACUUGCAAAGGCUCUUGCGAAGGCUGUUGGUUAUACAGAGAUCAAGAAAAGAUCUCUAUUAACUUCUAUGGAGAACUAUGUUACAUUACUUCUUGAUACCGGGAGACCUAUCUUUACCCCAACUUUUGCAUACAAAAUGUUGAGGAGGUUUUUGCCGGAAGAGAAGGUUGAGGCUGUGAAAAGUCUUACUAUAACUGCAGAUGGAAAUGGUGUUGUUUUUGAUGUAUUAGCUGAAGAUUUAGAUACAUAUCUUGCUGGUAAGAAAAACGCCUCAGAUAUAAGUUUAGAGGUGUUAAACGCUUUGCCACGUCUGCAACAGAGAGAUCAAUCAAGAGGUGGCAGAUUUGGAGAUGGCAAUGGUCGUGGUGGGAGAAUUGGUGGUGGCGGAAGGAAUGGUAGAUUUUCAAGUGAUAGGUUUGCGAACGGUGGUGGUAGAGGUCGUGGUAACUGGGGUGGGAAAAGAUGGUGAAGUCUAUGUUCGAUAUGGGGGGAGCAUAACUGCAUGAGGCUUCAACGGUGCAUAACUGUAUGUGUCCGUGUCUGUGUCGGACACUGAGAUGACACCGACACUGAGGGAUAUGGUGAAGCUGAAAGGGAUGUUCACUUUGUUCAUGAUGCUUAGUUAGUUAUGACUUGUGAUUCAAGUUCAGUGGCUUUGGAGAAUUCAUGUUCAGAUGAGCUCAAUGUGUCUCCACAAUCCAUUAACAUAAUAUGUUUUAGGUGUAAUAUUUUACUUCAAACAAAGGGGUAUAGGGUUGAUUUUUUUUAUUCAUACAUGGUUAGAUUAUUUAUAUGAAUGAGGAUGGUGAAGAAAGGAAUAUUUUUUUUAUUUAUUUAUUUUUA